GGGGAGGCGUGUUUUAUUGUGCGAGAGAGACAGGUGUUCCCCGCGGGAGAAAUGAUUCCUGAUUUUCCCAAAAUGGGACGAUUUGCAGUAAUGAGAUUCAAACGCCUUAUUUUUUUUUUUCCGCUGAGAGACUCUGUAUCCAUGCUCUGACCCCCAGGGCCUUAGUGGAAUCGCUGCUAUCCUCCGCAGAAUGCUACCUAAACACUCCCUUUCUUUUCCUCCAGAACGAAAGUAGCCAGCAACCCCUCCCCAUUCCCAAACGCCCUCAAUUGGACCCUUCUUCAGCGCCCCUUGCAAGAGAUGGGUGCCCCCAUCGGCACAUUGUCCUUUGGCCACCGGACAUCAUGCCUCCCAAGAAGGAUGUUCCAGUGAAGAAACCAGCAGGGCCCCUCAUCUCCAAACCUGCUGCCAAGCCAGCAGCAGGGGCCCCUCCAGUCAAGACUAAGGCUGAGCCAGCUGUUCCCCAAGCCCCUCAGAAAACCCAGGAGCCCCCUAUCGAUCUCUCCAAAGUUGUGAUCGAGUUUAACAAGGAUCAGCUGGAGGAGUUCAAAGAAGCAUUUGAGCUGUUUGAUCGAGUAGGAGAUGGUAAGAUCCUGUACAGCCAGUGUGGGGAUGUGAUGAGGGCCCUGGGCCAGAACCCCACCAACGCCGAGGUGCUCAAGGUCCUAGGGAACCCCAAAAGUGACGAGCUGAAGUCCCGGCGUGUGGACUUUGAGACUUUCCUGCCCAUGCUCCAGGCAGUGGCCAAGAACCGGGACCAAGGCACAUAUCAAGACUACUUGGAGGGGCUUCGUGUGUUUGACAAGGAGGGGAAUGGCAAGGUCAUGGGAGCAGAGCUCAGACAUGUCCUCACCACCCUGGGGGAGAGGAUGACUGAGGAGGAGGUGGAGACUGUUCUGGCAGGACAUGAGGACAGCAAUGGUUGCAUCAACUAUGAGGCCUUCCUGAAACACAUCCUAAGCGUCUGAGCUCUGCGGGUGGGUGGCCCUCCCACCCCUCCUGUCUCGAGAGACCCAGCGGGUCCCUGCAAGCAGAAGCACGUUCCAGUCACUAGGAGGCCACCUAUUGUUUCAAAAUAAAGAUGCGGUUCCUCCC